AUGGCUCACAACGAUCAGGCUCCCUACCGUCCUCAGGAUGCCCAUGAGGUGUCUGAGAUGAUCCGCGGCCUGUCCAGCCAUCUCAAGGGCAAAGAUGGAAAAGGCGGUUUCUCAUGCAGAAAGGCUACCUUCAAAGUAACAAACUCCAAAAUCAGUGUCGACUCCUGGAAAAUGCAGGAUUGGGACUACAAGAAGCCCAACCUUCCCACUUAUGCCAGAGGUCUUUUCACAACCACAAACUCAAAAGGUGAACCUGAGAUUGUGACUAGAGGAUACGACAAGUUCUUCAACCACGGCGAAGUCAAGAAGACCGAGUGGAAGAACGUCGAGGAGAACACAAAAGGUCCUUAUGAGCUCAGUGUAAAGGAAAACGGUUGCAUCAUCUUCCUUUCUGGUCUCGAGGACGGCUCUCUUUUGGUCUGCAGCAAGCACUCGACUGGACCGCGUGAUGAUGCGAAUCUCAGUCACGCCGUGGCCGGUGAGAAGUGGGUUGACAGGCACCUUGCUUCUGUCGGAAAGUCAAAGAAGGAUUUGGCUGCCAAGCUCCGUGCCAUGAACGCAACUGCUGUCGCCGAGCUGUGUGAUGAUGAGUUCGAAGAGCACGUCCUGGCAUACAACCCCGAAACUGCUGGUCUCUACCUUCACGGCAUCAACCUCAACCUUCCCGAAUUCGUCACAUACCCUCACCACCUUGUCGAUAGGUUCGCAUCGGAAUGGGGAUUUAAACACACCAUGUUCAUCACAGAGACCGACAUCACCAAGGUUAAAUCUUUCCUAGACAAGGUUGCAGAGACUGGAAGCUAUCACGGCAGAGAGACAGAGGGCUUUGUUGUCAGAUGUCAGGCCCGAGAGACCCCUGACACACCAUUCGAGGACUGGUUCUUCAAGUACAAAUUUGAGGAGCCCUAUCUCUUGUACAGACAGUGGAGAGAAUGCACAAAAGCCAUCAUCAGUGAACGACAGCCCAAAUACAGGAAGCACAAGGAAAUCACCGAGGAAUACCUCCACUACGCUCGCAAACGACUGAGAGAAGACCCCAACCUUGGAAAAGAGUACAAUCAGAACCAUGGCAUCAUCAAGCUUAGAGACGACUUUUUGGCGGAACGUGGCCUGAAGGGCUCCGACAUCAUACGUGCGGAGCUCGAGAAGGGUAAUCAACAUGGUAUGGGUAUCGACCGCAAUGUGGUUCUCGUACCUGUUGCUACCAUCGGUUGUGGAAAGACUACCGUCGCACUUGCGCUCUGCAAGCUCUUCGGAUGGGGACAUAUCCAGAACGAUAACAUCACUCACAAGCCCAAGCCUCUGAAAUUCGCACAGGCAAUCUGUGAUGGGCUUAUUGACUACCCAGUUAUGAUUGCCGACAGAAACAACCACCAACGUCGUGAGAGAACGCAGAUCUUCGCCGAUGUGUCAAGAACUGUUCCUCAGGCUCAUUUCGUUGCUCUCCACUACGUUCACGACCGCGCCAACUACGAUCAGAUCAAGCAGGCUACACGAGAGCGUGUGCUGACCAGAGGAGACAACCAUCAGACCAUUCAGGCUGGUUCAAAGGGACAGCACGAGAUUAUUGGCAUCAUGGAUGGCUUUAUGUCGCGUUUCGAGCCCGUCAGGGCUGAGCGUGAGCCUGACAAUGCUUUCGAGCUUAUCAUCGAUCUGAAUGUUGCAGCUUCGUCACGCGAGAACUUGGAGACUGUUGUUUCUCAGCUUAGUGCAGAGUUUCCCAAGCUCUUCGGCACAAUGCCUUCUGCUGAAGAUCUCGACAAGGCAAUCGAGGCAGCGCUCAACGACUACAAGCCUGAUAUCAAGCACGAGAUCGGUGGAAGCAACAAAUACAAGAACAAGGCACUUCAGCAAGGUCCCAAUGGAGCCAACGGACAGACAGCACAGAAGGCUCCUAAGCUCGAGUACUUCAGCGCGACACUAGAUCCCAAGCGUGUCGUAAGCAUCCUUGACGCAGUGUUCCGGGACGCCGACCCCGACGCCGCAAAGACGUAUCGUGUGUUGCAGACACAGAACCGUGUUCAGUCAGAAUUCCAUGUUACAUUGAUGCACCGUGCAUCUGCUUCCCAGAACAAGGAAUAUUGGCAGCAGCUUACCGAGGCUCACACAGUCGCUGCAAGCAAGCCUAACGCCGCGCCUGAACCGGUUCUCGGCAGCUGCAAAGUGUUGCUGGAGCGUCUUGUCUGGGACGGCAGACUGAUGUGCUUUGUCGUCCGCAUGAUUCCUGACGAGAAGGAUCAGAGCGGUAUGCAGUGGCGCAGUGUCAACGAGACUGCUCACAUCACAGUCGGCACUGUCAGCCCCGAUGUCAAGCCCAAGGAGAGCAAUGAUCUGUUGAAGAGAUGGUUGCAGUCUGGUAGCGGAGGCAGCACUGGCAUUGGCGAAAUAACGAUCAAGGGUCACGUCGAGCUUCCUGCUACUGUCAAGAGUGUCUUGCAGAAGCAUUGA